AUGCUUCACGAUAAACUCCAGACUAAGCUGGAUACAGUUCGGGCAAACAUUCCUCCGGCUAUCGAUAACCCGAAAUCAAAUCAACUUUCCAACAAGCUCCGCAGCUCUCCAACACCCACUGACUUCCCAUACAUACACUCCCUCACACUCUCACAUACCAUGCCGGGCUCCCUAGCAGACUACCUCGCCAAAAACUACCUCAAUGCCGACCCAGCCCCAGACCGCCCAAAAAAGAAACGCAAGAAGACCAAACCCACCGACGCCAGCUCCGGCCUAAUAAUCGCCGACGACGACGCCCCAGUCUUCGGCAACGCCCGCCCCCUCGAAGAUGACGAAUACAAACCCUCAAUCGAAACAUCCAUGACAAGCGCCGAAUUCCGCCGCACCAAGCAAUCAGAAGCCGCAGAUGCAAUCCUCGCCUCAGCAGCCGCCGAGCGCGCAGCCCGCCAAGCAGAUGAAGACGACGACGCCCCCAUCAUCGAAGCAGGCGACGAUGAUCAUCACGAAGGACCACGCAUGGAAUCCGGCGUGCGCGCAGGCCUCCAAACAGCCGCGGACACAGCCGCAAUGGUAAAAGCACAAGAACGGCGCAAAAAGGCCGAAGAAGCACUAUACCGCGACCCAUCCGCCGUGGACGCACAAUCCCAAGAAACAAUCUACCGCGACGCCUCCGGCCGCAUAAUCAACGUCGCAAUGAAACGCGCCGAAGCACGCCGCGCCGAAGCCGAAAAGAAAGCGCAAGAAGAAGCCGCGCGACAUGCGCUCAUGGGCGACGUCCAGCGGCAACAGCGCGAAACUCGCAAGCAGGAUUUGGCGGAUAUCCGGGCGAUGCCUGUUGCGCGGGGCAUUGAGGAUGAGGUGAUGAAUGAGGAGUUGAAGGAUGUGGAGCGGUGGAAUGAUCCUGCGGCAAGGUUUUUGACGAAGACGAAGGGCGUUGGGGCGAGUGUCACCGGGAAGCCGUUGUAUAGUGGUGCUUUUCAGCCGAAUCGGUAUGGGAUUCGGCCGGGGCAUCGGUGGGAUGGGGUGGAUCGGUCGAUUGGGUUUGAGAAGGAGUGGUUUGCGGCGAGGAAUCGGAAGAGUCGGUUUGAGGCGUUGGAUUAUCAGUGGCAGAUGGAUGAGUAG